UCGCGCCCGGCCGUUCCUUCCAUCCAAAACCUAAACCCCACCCCCACGCUCUUCCCAAGGCCGAACAGAUAGCAUUUCCUCGAACACAUCGCCUCGUCCCUCCUCCAUGGCCACCGCGUCGCUCUCCGCUCUGUCCUCGGCGGCCGCCGCCGGCGGCAAGCGCUUCGUCAUCUCCUCCCCGUCGCUCUCCUUCGCCUCCCGCCGCAUCGCCGCCCCAGCCCGCCUCCGCGCCGCCGCCGUCCCGGGGGCGAGGAGAUUCGCGGCUUCCGCGGCAUCGGCAUCCACGGUCGUGGCCACCAUUGCGGUCGGCGACAAGCUGCCCGACGCCACGCUCUCCUACUUCGACCCGGCCGACGGCGAGCUCAAGACGGUGACUGUCGGGGAGCUGACUGCAGGGAAGAAGGUCGUGCUCUUCGCGGUCCCGGGCGCCUUCACCCCGACCUGCUCGCAGAAGCACCUGCCAGGGUUCAUCGAGAAGGCGGGCGAACUCCGGGCCAAGGGGGUGGACACCGUGGCGUGCGUCUCGGUGAACGACGCCUUCGUGAUGAAGGCGUGGAAGGAGAGCCUCGGCCUCGGCAAAGACGUGCAGCUGCUGUCGGACGGCAACAUCGAGCUCACCCGCGCGCUCGGCGUGGAGAUGGACCUCUCUGACAAGCCCAUGGGGCUCGGCGUGCGGUCCCGCCGCUACGCGCUCCUGGCAGACGACGGCGUCGUCAAGGUGCUCAACCUGGAGGAGGGCGGCGCCUUCACCACCAGCAGCGCCGAGGAGAUGCUCAAGGCGCUCUGAGCCGCGCCUGCUCUGCUCCUUGCCUGAGUCGUGUCUAGUGCUCCGGAGUAGUGAAUAAUAAUCCGACGAACUGUUGCUCGUGUGAGUGUCCUUCGAUGCGUCGACAUCGUGGAGAGGAUUUUGUUUUGUUUUGUUGAGAAUUGCGUGCUGUCCAUGUGCUCGAUGAAAUGACUUGAAUUUUUCAAGGCGUCGUACUUGUUCUUAGCAUUGUCAGUGGUAAAGCCUUUGCUGAGAUGUUUA